AGAUACAUAACACCUGUACUGUUACUUUACUCCAGAGAACUUGCAACGAGCACGGAAGGUUUUCCAUUCUAUAACGGCGGCCAGUGUACUAGAUUGUUUACGAUCAUGUUCGAAGCACCAUAUCCACCGUACGACCCCACCGACAAGUCUGGCUUCUCCUACGAGACGGUGCUCAAACGGUGGCCUGUUAUCCUCACCGGGAUCAUCGACAACAUCUAUCGCGCGAACCAUGAGAUGAGCCUGGCGAGUGCCGGCGAGACCUCUGAUGCGAUCACGCAGGAGAAGAUCGAGGAGGGGAAGACGAUUAUUGAGAAGAUUGGCAGGUUGAAGUAUGAGAUGGGGAGGGAUCGACCGCUGGAGCCCAUUCCCGAGGACGGGGAGGCUCAGGUGGAGGUAUAUAACACGGAGCUGGCUUGGUUGAAGGAAAAGGGCCAUGGGUCGUGGUUUACCGCUCCGUGGCUCUAUGCAGAAUGCUACCUUUAUCGUCUGCUCCGUUCGUACUUCACCCAGACACAACAUUGGCGCGCGCAUGAUCCUUUCCUGUCUCAGAAGGAAGAGACGUUCCGCAAGAGCUCCAAGGCGAUAUUCCAGAUGGCAACCACGAUGCACGAGUUGGAAGAAGAUAAGGACAAGCUCGUGUCUGAACCCGCGGACCUCAAGGUGAUCUUUGGGGAGAUGAUUCAAAUGUGUCUCUGGGGUAACGCGACGGACCUGUCGAUGCUGACCCAUCUCUCGCAUGAAGACAUACAGAACCUGCAGUCCGUCGGCCGGGAUGCUCAGGCGGCUCGGAAGGAGUACAUCCUGACGGAUGAUCAGGACAAGGUCUGGGUGCACCUGACGAGCUUGAAGGAUGCGAGGAUAGAUUUCGUGCUGGAUAAUGCCGGAUUUGAGUUGUUUACAGAUUUCGUCUUUGCCGAUUUCCUAGUGACGUACACGCCCUACGUCUCGAAAGUUGUCUUCCACCCAAAGCUCAUUCCCUGGUUUGUCUCCGAUGUGACCCCGCCCGACUUCAAGUCGGCGAUCCCUUCGCUUCUCUCGCCUACGUUCCUCUCGGAAGCGGCGGGUGUGCAGUCCGCAUCCCAUCAUGCAGGCGAGGCGCAGGACAGCUGCGAACAUCUGAAACGGAUGGUGACGCGCUGGCAGGGGUACUUGGAGAGCGGCGUAUUUGCGCUGUCGGUUCCUGUAGAUACGCCCUUGGGGGCGUCAAAUGAGAACGCCAACUUCUGGACGUCGCCAUGGCCGUAUUGGAAUAUGCAAGAGCUGGCGCCGGAGGUGCAUGGCAGGUUGAAAGAUAGCGGGUUGGUCAUCUUCAAGGCAAGUGAGACGUUAACUGGCGAUGUCAGCUGGCCAGCGAGCACUCCCUUCCAAAUUGCUCUCGGACCGCUCGCAGGCUCGUUCCCGAUUCUCACCCUCCGCACGAACAAAGCAGACGUUGUCGUCGGCGUUGGACGGGAGCGCGCAGAGCAGCUCGACAAGAGCGGCGAAAACUGGCGGUUCAACGGAAAGUAUGCGCUCGUCUUGUUCCUGCCGAAACGAAAAGAUUAGAUGCGGAGAUGUUGAUUGUAAGCUCAUGCAUAUCGCGGACUGUUGGGUGCAAACUGAAGCAGGUAAAUACCUACCACUGACUCAUGUCACAUGAUUACGAAGGAGGGUUUGCAUUUGUCCGCUUUGAACAUAUUCAUUAGCGAUACAGUCGACCUUGCAGGUAUUUGAUAUUGAAACGUCGAUAAAUACUGGCGAUAUAGCUCCUCUUUCCAUCUCGCCGUGUACCAAAGUAGCAGCGUUUCCCUUGUAUUCGUGAUGUAACAUGUCGAAAUCACUCGAUUAGGUGUGAACAUUGAAAUAUUGACUUUUUUGGGCGGUG